ACUGCAGUGUUUCCGGUUUCAAGAUGGUCGCUUAAGUUGUUUAGUGAGAUUUCUUCCACCUUUUUCCAUCCCUCUUGGGUGUUUUUUGUUUUGUUUUGUUUUGUUUGUUUUAAUGACCUGGAAGUGACGCAUUAGAAGACUCGACGGAAGUAGAACUGAAGACGUUCUAAAAUGGCUAACCGUACAGUGAAAGAUGCGCACAGCAUCCACGGCACCAACCCUCAGUAUCUGGUGGAGAAGAUCAUUCGAACGCGCAUCUAUGAGUCCAAGUACUGGAAAGAGGAGUGCUUUGGACUUACGGCUGAACUUGUAGUGGAUAAAGCCAUGGAGUUAAGGUUUGUGGGUGGCGUCUAUGGUGGCAACAUAAAACCAACUCCUUUUCUGUGUUUAACCUUGAAGAUGCUUCAAAUUCAGCCCGAGAAGGAUAUCAUUGUAGAGUUUAUAAAAAAUGAAGAUUUCAAGUAUGUCCGCAUGUUGGGGGCACUUUACAUGAGGUUGACAGGCACUGCAAUUGACUGCUACAAAUACUUGGAGCCUUUGUACAACGACUAUCGAAAAAUCAAGAGCCAGAACCGAAAUGGGGAAUUUGAAUUGAUGCAUGUAGAUGAGUUUAUUGAUGAACUACUGCACAGUGAGAGAGUCUGUGAUAUCAUUCUGCCCCGGCUACAGAAACGUUAUGUGCUAGAGGAAGCUGAGCAGCUGGAGCCUCGAGUUAGUGCUCUAGAAGAAGACAUGGAUGACGUGGAAUCCAGUGAAGAGGAAGAAGAGGAGGAUGAAAAGUUGGAAAGAGUGCCAUCACCUGAUCACCGCAGAAGAAGUUACCGAGAUUUGGACAAGCCCCGCCGUUCUCCCACUCUGCGCUACAGGAGGAGUAGGAGCCGGUCGCCCAGAAGGCGGAGUCGAUCUCCCAAAAGGAGAAGCCCCUCCCCCCGCCGAGAAAGGCAUCGGAGCAAGAGUCCAAGGCGUCACCGCAGCAGAUCCCGAGAUCGACGGCACAGAUCUCGCUCCAAGUCACCAGGUCACCACCGUAGUCAUAGACACAGGAGCCACUCAAAAUCUCCUGAAAGGUCUAAGAAAAGCCACAAGAAGAGUCGGAGAGGGAAUGAGUAAUGGACUCAGUUUUGUUUUAAUCCAAAAUGGCCUCCUCUGUAUAUGGGGUAUCUGUCUAUGUGGAAGAAUUAAGAUUCCAUGGGCAGCUGUAAGAUUAUUUUAGGUUUUUUAUCAAGUUUCUCCACUUUUUUUUUUUAAUGAAAGUGGUGCUGAGUUUUGUAUCUCUUUUUGAAAUGUAACCAACAUCUUUGAGGGAUAAAGAUGUUUCCCAAGGUCAGUUUUUGACCCAGCCAACCUUGACUAUUCAGACUUAUCAGGGUAGAAAGGAUUUGGAGGUUGGGGAUAUGAAUGACAAGGAAAGGAUGUGGCCACCUCAUGACCCUUUCCCAUUUUGGUAUUAAACUUGACAAACUUGUUUCCCAAAAAAAAAAAAAAAAAAAAA